CAUUGUCGUGCGGAUUUAAAGCGGCGUGACAGGGCUGCGUUGCCGCGGCAGAGCGCUGCGUUCUUAGACCUGCAAUCGCCUUUUCUCUGGAAGCCUCUGUUGAUACAGUUACUGUAGUAGUUGGUAAUUGAAGGCUGCGCCCUAGUUUGUGUCCAAUCAGAGAGUAUGUGCUGUGGAAUGAAUAAGGCAGCAAUGCGUAAACAAGCGCCGGGAAACUCCUCCGCCCCUUUCUCGAUGAGUCUCGCACUGUGAAGCUAGUUCCGUAUUCUCCACUACUUUAUAAUACAACAUCAUUCACUCACAGUAACAACCCUGAGAAUAUACAGUAGUGAAUUUACAGCCGAGCCCCACGGCCAUGGCCUCUUCAAAAUAAAAAACACAAGAAAGGUAGCUUUCUACUGAUUUUUUGACCUUCUGUUUUGAAGAAUGCAUUACUCACUAGAUGAAGACUUCAUUGACAUGAGGCUAAUGCUGGGAAUACCCUGGCUACGUACUGUAGCACAGCAGUUUCUGUGAUUCUCUGUCACACUAGUCAAAUCAUCUUCCAACCUGAAGGGUCUACUGGUCUUAUUAAGGCUAGACAUGGCCACUCAGAGGAAACAUUUGGUCAGAGAUUUUAACCACUACAUCACCUGUUACAUCUGUAAGGGAUACCUUAUCAAGCCCACCACAGUGACCGAGUGUCUUCACACUUUUUGCAAAAGCUGCAUUGUCCAACACUUUGAAGAUAGUAAUGACUGUCCCAAAUGUGGCAUCCAAGUUCAUGAAACAAAUCCUUUAGAAAUGUUAAGGCUUGACAACACAUUAGAAGAGAUUAUAUUUAAACUGGUGCCUGGACUCAGAGAAAAGGAGCAAGAACAAGAAACAGAAUUCUGGAGGAAGAACAAAUCAAAAGAAAAUGAAGAUGAUGGUCCAAGGACAAAAAGACCCAGAAUGGAGGAGGACGAUGAUGAAGAUGGAGACCAAGAUUACCACAGAAGUGAUCCUCAAAUUGCUAUCUGCCUUGACUGCUUACGUAACAAUGGUCAAUCUGGAGAAAACAUUGUGAAGGGCUUAAUGAAGAAAUUUAUACGCUGCUCAACCCGAGUAACAGUUGGAACAAUAAAAAAAUUCCUUAGUUUGAAGUUAAAACUUCCAAGUUCUUAUGAGCUUGACGUACUAUGCAAUGGUGAGAUCAUGGGAAAAGAUCAUACCAUGGAAUUCAUUUAUAUGACAAGGUGGCGACUUCGUGGGGAGAAUUCCUAUCCAAUGGUACUGCAGUAUCGGCAGCGGAUUGACUUUGGAUAAAUUUAGAAGAACACAAAGUGAGUUUGCUAAGAGGACUGCUGCACUAACCGUUAAACCCAUCGACAGAUUGCGCAAUGAAUGGAUGUGCCUGAUCCAGGGACACAAAAGCAUUCUUCGUUUUGUUCUGCAUGCAGAUCGAACCUUGUUCUUGUUUCAUCUCUUUAUUCUGUUUCCUU